UGAUAGAGAACGGAGCAUUGACCAGAUUGCUAGGCAUAACAACUACAACACUGAUAAGUUUGUCAAUGAAUUUGGGCUUCGACUUCAAUAUCAGGAUACACAAGAGACUCCACGGGUGGGGGCUUGGAACAUGAUAGACAAGAAAAUGGUUAAUGGUGGCAAGGUGAAGUUCUGGACAUGUGUCAGCUUUUCGCGGAUAAGACGAGGAGGUUUUUAGAUUCUGUGAGAAUUUGGUUAACAUGUGCCAGAGUAAAGGGAUGGAUUUCAAUCUGAUGCCUUUACUUCCCAUCCGUUCAGCACAUCCAGCUUACAUUGAGAAGACUCUCCUUGAAAUUCACCAACAGUCUAAUGCACAACUUGCGAGCGCAGGGAAACUACUUCAGUUGUUGAUCAUUAUUUUGCCGGAUGCCACUGGGACUUAUGGAAGGAUUAAGCGGGUGUGUGAAACAGAGUUGGGAAUCAUAUCCCAGUGUUGUCAGCCCAAGCAAGCAUCGAAGUGCCAAAAGCAGUAUCUUGAAAAUGUUGCUCUAAAGAUCAAUGUGAAGGCUGGGGGACGGAACAACGUGUUGUUGAAUGCUCUUAAUAGGAAAAUUCCCCAUGUAACUGAUAUGCCCACCAUAAUAUUUGGUGCUGAUGUGGUGCAUCCUCAACCAGGAUCAAAUGCUCGCCCUUCUAUAGCAGCGGUGGUGGCAUCUAUGGACUGGCUAGAGGUAACCAAGUAUAGGGGAUUAGUCUCUGCACAACCUCAUAGGGAUGAAAUUAUCAAUGAUCUCUAUAAAACUAUUCAGGAUCCUCAAAGAGGCAUGGUUCAUAGCGGAAUGAUUAGGGAACUCCUAAUUGCGUUCAGGAGAUCGACUGGACAUAGACCUCAUAGAAUCAUAUUCUACAGAGACAGAGUCUGCGAAGGUCAGUUCAAUCAAGUUUUGCUAUAUGAGAUGGAUGCUAUAAGAAAGGCAUGUGUUUCGUUGGAGGAAAAUUAUCUACCGCCAGUUACCUUUGUGGUAGUGCAGAAGAUACACCACACUCGCCUCUUUCCUGCACAACAUAAUGAUUGCAAUUCAACGGACAGGAUUGGCAAUAUUUUACCAGGUACAGUUGUUGAUACAACGAUUUGCCUCCCUACUGAAUUUGAUUUCUAUCUUUGCAGCCAUGCGGGUGUUCAGGGAACGAGCCGACCUACACACUACCAUGUGCUAUAUGAUGAGAACAGAUUUACCAGAUGCUUUACAAAUGCUGACGAAUGAGCAGAUGCUUUACAAAUGCUGACGAAUGACUUGUGUUACACGUAUGCAAGGUGUACUCGUUCAGUCUCCAUAGUCCCUCCUGCCUAUUAUGCUCAUUUAGCAGCGUUUCGUGCACGCUACUAUAUCGAGGGUGAAACAUCGGAAAGCAAAUCAACUAGCGGUGGUCGGGCCAGUGGGGAGAGGAAUGUGGAGGUUCGGCCACUUCCCUUGAUCAAAGAUAAUGUAAAAGAUGUGAUGUUCUACUGUUGAGUCGUACUUGGUCUUUUUUUGUUUAUUUUGAUGCACUCUUGGUUUUGGACGAUUGGCCAUAUAUUUAAGCUUCUUGUGUACGUUAAUGAUGGUUGGAAUAGAAACUGAGCACUAAAACAUCUAUGUUAAUACUUUGAUCACUGUAGCUAUGGAUCAUAGAGAUUCCAUUUUCUGGGAAAAUUGAUGUGCUUUUCUUAUGGG